ACUUCUUGCUUGCAUAUAUAGUUACCUCUCGUAACCUCGCGGAAUGAUGAUGGGUGUGUUUGUCCACGUGAUCUUCUUCCCCACUAUACCCCGCGAUUUGUCCAAAUCGACAAGGGCCGCAUCUCUUAUGCCACUGCAAGUCCCAAAUAUAACUUCAACCUUAUCCUGAAAUAUCAAUGACCUCUGAUAGUAUCCACUAAGAGCACCUAGAGUUCAUAAGCUCUAUCUACACCCAUCACUUUCAUUGGCCGCUUCCCUAAAUCCUUCCAAGGUCCCAAAUUAGACCCCUUAAUCCCUCAACAACCAUCUAUCUACAUCCACCAUGUCAAGUACACCCCCAACCCUUCUCGCCCUUCCCGCCGAACUGCGGAACCAAAUCUUCUCCUACGUCGUCAAUGGUCCCGAUUUUUCCCGCGAUGGUUUCCUCCACCGCAACCGCCCCGGCGGGAUCUAUCUUGACGACGAGCACACAGUUACCACGGCCCUUUCCAUCCUUCUAACCUGCCGUCAAUUCUACCACGACCUCGCCAUCCCGGCCUACACCCACACGCACUUCCUCACGCGCGACCUCUACUCCCCGCUGCCCUCGCUCCUCCUCCCCCUCCCCGCGCCCCUCAUCGCCUCCAUCCGGAACCUCGCGUGGGUAGUCGGCCCGCGCCAACUCCGCUCGCUGGUGCAAUGGCGCGCGCACCCCUUCGACGUCCCCAUCCCGGACGGCGCCGUCGACCUCGCCGUCAUCCGCACGCUGCGCCUGGACACCCUGACGCUCGUCCUGCACGCGAGCAGCUACACGCACUACGCGGCCGACUUCACGGCCGACCUGGUCGGGCUGCUGCGGCGGCUGCGGGGCGUGCGGCGGAUCGUGUUUGUGCGGAACCGCGCGAACGUGCAGGGCGGGUUCGGGACGUGGUUUAAUCGGCUGGUGGGGCUGAUGCUGAAGGUGGACCACAAGGAGCGGUACGAUCGCGUGCCGCCGGCGCUGGAGCGCGUGUGGUGGGAGUGGGGGUUUGAUGAGGUGGGAGAGACGUUUGAGAUGGUGGCGCGGGCGCCGAAGCCCGUGAUGGGGGAGGAGGUGUAUAUGCGGAUGGUGAAGCCGCUGGUGGAUGGGUUGAUGGCGCGGAUGGAGCGGGAGGAGUGGGAGGCGGAUCCGAGGGCGCGGAAUGGAGUUUGAGAGGUUGUAGGGGGGUAUGUUGCACUGGAGUGCAUUCGCUGCGCUGACGUCUCGUUCAACGGCAUGGUGUCGUCAAAAAUGAUCGAAUGGCGCACUGGCGUUGGUUAGUCUAGUGGAAAGGUCCCGCUUAAGAUACUUAUAUACGGGGAUCGG